GGAGCUGUUGGUCCAGCUACUUUACGGCACGUGGCGGCAGCUGUGGGCCUGUGGGCUUCUGAGCGGUUUGCGAGGCGGCGAUCCACAGAGAGGCCGUUGGAUCGGCCCCGGGUAAAACCGUCUGUGUGCCGUUCCCCGUCCCAGCGCAGAGCAGGCGGUGAGGGCUCGGCGCGCUGCGGUCAUGGACUACCGGCGGCUGCUGAUGAGCCGGGUGGUCCCCGGGCAGUUUGACGACGCAGAUUCCUCUGACAGUGAAAAUAUAGACUUGAAGACAAUCAAAGAGGAGGAUGACAUUGUAUUUGAAGGCCUUCAAGAUAAUGUGAAUGAGGAGGGUGAAGGUGAGGUAGAAGAUGAGGAGGAGGACUGUGAUGAUGAAGAUUGGGACUGGGAUGAUAGAGCUGGAAAACUCACCAAGGGUUCUGUCUGGAAUGGAGGAAGUAACCCACAGGCAAAUCGACAGACUUCCAACUGCAGUUCAGCCAAAAUGUCUACACCAGCAGACAAGGUCUUACGGAAAUUUGAGAAUAAAAUUAAUCUAGAUAAGCUAAAUGUUACUGAUUCUGUCAUAAAUAAAGUCACCGAAAAGUCUAGACAAAAGGAAGCAGAUAUGUAUCGCAUCAAAGAUAAGGCAGACAGAGCAACUGUAGAACAGGUGUUGGAUCCCAGAACUCGAAUGAUUUUAUUCAAGAUGUUGACUAGAGGAAUUAUAUCAGAGAUAAAUGGCUGCAUUAGCACAGGAAAAGAAGCUAAUGUAUAUCAUGCUAGCACAGCAAAUGGACAGAGCAGAGCAAUCAAAAUUUACAAAACAUCUAUUUUGGUGUUCAAAGAUCGGGAUAAGUAUGUAAGUGGGGAGUUCAGAUUUCGUCGUGGCUAUUGUAAAGGAAACCCUAGAAAAAUGGUGAGAACUUGGGCAGAAAAGGAAAUGAGGAACCUAAUCAGGCUAAACACAGCAGAGAUACCAUGUCCAGAACCAAUAAUGCUGAGAAGUCAUGUUCUUGUCAUGGGUUUCAUUGGUAAAGAUGACAUGCCUGCACCACUCUUGAAAAACAUCCAGUUAUCAGAAUCCAAGGCUCGGGAGCUGUACCUGCAGGUCAUUCAGUACAUGAGAAGAAUGUAUCAGGAUGCCAGACUUGUCCAUGCAGAUCUCAGCGAAUUUAACAUGCUGUACCAUGGUGGGGAUGUAUACAUCAUCGAUGUUUCUCAGUCUGUGGAGCAUGACCACCCACAUGCCUUGGAGUUUUUGAGAAAAGAUUGUGCCAAUGUCAAUGAUUUCUUUUUGAAGCACAGUGUUGCUGUCAUGACUGUGCGGGAGCUCUUUGAGUUUGUCACAGAUCCAUCCAUUACACAUGAGAACGUGGAUGCUUAUCUUUCAAAGGCCAUGGAAAUAGCAUCUCAAAGGACACAGAAAGAAAAGUCUAGCCAAGAUCAUGUGGAUGAAGAGGUGUUUAAGCAAGCAUAUAUUCCUAGAACCUUGAAAGAAGUAAAAAAUUAUGAGAGGGACAUGGACAUAAUCAUGAAACUGAAGGAAGAAGACAUGGCCAUGAAUGCCCAACAAGACAAUAUUCUAUACCAAACUGUUACAGGAUUGAGGAAAGAUUUGUCAGGAGUUCAGAAGGUCCCUGCACUCCUAGAAAAUCAAGUUAAGGAAAAGACUUGUUCUGAUUCUGAAGAUGCUGGAAGCUCUGAGUGCUCUGACACAGACUCUGAAGAGCGCGGAGACCAUUCCCACUCCAAGAAACACACUGCUGACCCUGACAUUGAUAAAAAGGAAAGAAAAAAGAUGGUCAAGGAAGCCCAGAGAGAGAAAAGAAAAAACAAAAUUCCUAAACAUGUGAAAAAAAGAAAGGAAAAGACAGCCAAGAUGAAAAAAGGCAAAUAGAAAGAGUACUAUAUUAUGUACAGUUAUUUUCCAUCAAUUGCUUUUUUACCUGAACUCUAAGCUGCAUCUGGAAGAUGGCUUCUGGAUUUAAUUGAAUUGUUACUGUGGCACUGUCUAUGAAGACUGAUUCAAGUGUUUUCAUGUAAUUGUGUAAAAAGCUCUAACCUCUAGUAUCUAGAUCAAGUCGCUGAUUCUGUCUGGUGUUGCCAGAGGAUUUAUUUAAGCUACUGUUUUAAUGAAGAACUUCGUACAAAUAUUUUUAUAUUUUUUCUCCUGCAAAUAUCUUCUUGGAAGCAUAAAUGUUUAAAUGUAAUGAACAUCCGUAACCUUUAUGUGAGUGUAAAGACACUGUGGGCAAGCUUGGGAAAAUUGUUUUUGCUUUUUUGUCCAUGCAAAAACCCAUCUGAAAUCACUCAAUGAUAAGGCCAUGGUUUAUAUAAAAGGGAGUUUCACUUACAAGAGAUUUUGGUUGGCUAUUGAUAUAACCAUUCACUGCAACCCUGCUCUCAAGUGUAUCACUGAACAUUUGUAAAGCACUUACACACUUCAUCUUCAAUGUUCUUUUUUGAGCUAGGACCCCUCAGUUCAUAAGCUAUUUCACA